UCUCUCUCUGCCAAACCUGUGUUCAAUUUUAACUAACUUAACGUCUAUUGAGAUCUCUCCCAACCCCAAUCCAACUCACAAAAUUAAAUCAUUUCACAUAAAUUUUGCAUAAAUGCGAUCACAUCUACUUGCGGCAUCUAAUCCCCACACACCAUCAUCAUCAUCGUCUGGAAUGAUGAAAAAUGCUGCCGCAUUGCUCUUAAGAUCAGAACAUGAUUCGGCCGCCGACUCCACCAGCAUUUUCAUGCCCUCCUCGUCCGAGAUCGAGCAGAAGCCCCUCAUCCCGAGAACACCCAGCUACGCAAAUGACAAAUCCACUCCCGAUCAGAAGAGGAAGCAGCGGCGCCGCCGCGAGACCUCCGUCGUCACCCUAUCCCUCGGCGGCACCCGCCGGAGGUUCGGCCGGAUGACCAUUGCGCCCUCUGAAACCUUUCUUAUCACUCGCCUCACCUUCAAGCUCUUGGGACUUCUAGGGGUAGGCUACAGAUGGAUCAUGAGAUUCAUGGCACUUGGCUUCUAUGCUUUUCUGCUCAUGCCUGGUUUUAUUCAAGUCGGAUACUAUUACUUCUACUCCAAUAGGAUACGUAGAAGCAUAGUUUAUGGAGAACAACCUAGGAAUAGGCUUGAUCUUUAUUUACCAGUGAAUAAAGAUGGGGCGAAGCCAGUUGUUGCCUUCGUAACUGGUGGUGCAUGGAUAAUUGGAUAUAAAGCAUGGGGUUCUCUUCUAGGCCUACAACUAUCAGACAGAGAUAUAAUAGUCGCUUGCAUAGAUUACAGGAAUUUUCCUCAAGGAACAAUCGGUGAAAUGGUCCAAGAUGCAGCUGAGGGCAUCUCAUUUGUGUGUAAUAACAUUGCUGCCUAUGGAGGCGAUCCCAAUAGGAUCUAUGUCAUGGGGCAGUCGGCUGGUGCACACAUUGCUUCUUGUACUCUAUUGCAGCAGGCAAUGAAGGAGGCCGCGGGAGAGACCACCACUUGGAGCGUAUCUCAAAUAAAAUAUUACUUUGGUUUAUCUGGAGGAUAUAAUCUAUUCAAUUUGGUAGACCACUUCCACAGCCGAGGCUUAUACCGCUCAAUAUUUCUAGGGAUAAUGGAGGGAGAAGAAUCUCUACAUCGAUAUUCUCCAGAAGUGGUGGCGAGGGAUCCAAACACGAGGAAUGCAGUUUCUCUCUUGCCUCCUAUAAUUCUGUUCCAUGGAACUGACGAUUACUCAAUCCCCUCUGAUGCCAGUACAAGUUUUUCUAAGACUCUUCGAGAUGCUGGAGCUCAAUCUGAGUCCAUUCUCUAUGAGGGGAAGACACACACAGAUCUGUUUCUUCAGGAUCCUAUGAGAGGUGGAAAGGAUGAUCUGUUUGAAGAUUUGAUAAGACUGAUUCAUGGAGACGAUGCUGAAGCUCUGGCGAAAGACGUGACGGCGCCUCCAAGGCGACGCCUAGUGCCUGAAUGUAUGUUGAGAUUAGCUCGGAAAGUCAGCCCUUUCUGAUCAUUUACAGAGUUCACUUCAUUUCUAGCAAAGGAUAGCAUAUUUCUCUGCCUUAGUGUCUGUUUCUUCAGUAGCCAACCUACUGUUUUGUGCAUAUAGUUUUAGAUUAUACAGUCAUGCCCAUUUUAUUUCUACCAAAUUAGUAAUAUUAUGGUUUACUUAUUUUUAUUAA